AGGUACCAGAACGCUGGGAACUCAGCGCAGAGCCCCGGGAGCCCGUGCCUGGAGGGGAACGAGGCCGUGUGGCUUCUCUGGGUUGCUACACUAUACCGUAUUCUCCCGCGCCCCCGGCGCCACACUCUCGCUGCAGGGAGGAGAGGCUUUGUUUCAGGAAUAGUACAAGAGGCGAAUUGGAAGGAUACAUGGUGUUGAGAGGAAGCGAUGGUGUCUGGAGAUGAGAACACGGCCACAGCUAUUUGUGGCCUGAAUUCGGUAAAUGAGAUGGCUGUGCUGGUUGGGCUGACGUAGGCCUCCUAUUUCUGAACCCCACUUCCCUCAAAUUGGAGGACGUGUAAUCACAAGAACCCAUCCCCCAAGGUGGGGAGUAGAAACAUGAAUUUUUUUUAAAAGCCUCAUGGGACAUAACACUGUUGCCCGAUGCCUGGUAAAAUUAAGAAACCUGACUGCAUGAGAGGCGCUCUGCAGGGCGCAGGAUGGUACCUGGAAUCAAGUAACUGAAUGAGCCAGACUUUCCUUAACUUUAAAUGUGCUCUUCUCCACUUAAAGAUGCCUUUGCUCUUCUGCUAAAUGCAAACCGACAACUCACAAGACAGAAGCAAAAUCAUUACUGCUGGAGAAAACUGCCCUUAAAAAAGGAAAGUCCCUGAUUGUUGUUUGAAAUGCUGAAGAAGUUGCUGAGGAGGAGACUUUUUUCUUAUCCCACUAAAUACUACUUCUUGUUCCUUGUUUUUUCUUUAGUUACUUUCUCUGUUUUAAGAAUUUAUCAAAAGCCCGAAUUUGUAAGCAUUGAACAUUUGGAUGUGGCCGGAGACAAUCCUAGUAGUGACAUUAAUUGCAGCAAAGUUUUACAGGGUGAUGUAGAUGAAAUUGAAAAGGUAAAGCUUGAGAUUCUAACAGUGGAAUUUAGAAAGCGCCCUCAGUGGACAAAUGAUGACUAUAUAAACAUGACUAGAGAUUGUACUUCCUUCAUCAAGAGGCGCAAAUAUAUUGUAGAACCUCUUAGUAAAGAAGAAGCAGAGUUUCCAAUAGCGUAUUCCAUAGUGGUUCAUCACAAAAUUGAAAUGCUUGACAGGCUCCUGAGGGCCAUCUAUAUGCCUCAGAAUUUCUACUGCAUUCAUGUGGACAGAAAAUCGGAGGAUUCCUUUCUGGCGGCAGUGACUGGUAUUGCAUCCUGUUUCAGUAAUGUCUUUGUGGCCAGUCAGCUGGAGACUGUGGUGUAUGCAUCAUGGAGUCGGGUUCAGGCCGACCUCAACUGUAUGCAGGACCUCUACAGAAUGAAUGCAGAUUGGAAGUACUUGAUAAAUCUCUGUGGUAUGGAUUUUCCUAUUAAAACCAACCUGGAAAUUGUCAGGAAACUCAAGUCAUUAAUGGGAGAAAACAACCUGGAAACAGAGAAAAUGCCAUCCCAUAAAAAAGAAAGGUGGAAAAAACAUUAUGCAAUCUUUGAUGGAAAACUCACAAAUACGGGGACUGACAAAAUGCCCCCUCCUCUUGAAACACCUCUGUUUUCAGGCAGUGCCUAUUUUGUGGUCAGUAGGAAGUAUGUGGAGUAUGUGCUAGAGAAUGAAAAAAUCCAGAAGUUUAUGGAGUGGGCAAAAGACACAUACAGCCCGGACGAGUAUCUCUGGGCCACUAUUCAGAGGAUCCCUGAAGUUCCAGGCUCAUUGUCCUUAAGCCACAAGUAUGACAUGUCUGACAUGCAGGCAAUUGCUAGGUUUGUCAAGUGGCAGUACUUUGAAGGUGACAUUUCCAAGGGGGCCCCCUAUCCACCCUGCAACGGUGUCCACGUGCGCUCCGUGUGUGUUUUCGGAGCAGGUGACUUGAACUGGAUACUGCGCAACCACCACUUAUUUGCCAAUAAGUUUGACGUGGACAUUGACUUCUUUGCCAUCCAGUGUUUAGAUGAACAUCUAAGGCAGAAAGCCCUGGAGACGUUAAAACACUGACCGUUCAUUGUAGGCAAUUUUAGAAAUAGUAAGAAUGUUGCCUGAGAUGUAUCCUAUCCGAUUCUUCUGCCCUGUUAAUAAACAUCAGAAACUCUGUAGGGGGUGCUGAUUGGAGCGGGGACUCCAGCUCUUCAUAUCAGAGAAGUUACAUGGUCUCUGUGGAGCACAGUGGGUGGAAGGGUUAGAAGGCACUAAGUGCUGACUUAGAGUUAAUGUGAGGGCAGGGCAGGUAUGAAGCUUUGUGGGGAGAGGUGGCCCCAGAGGCU